CAACGCCAUUUUGUGCCUUAUGUUGCUAAAAAAUCAUUCUUGUCCUGUCAAAAUGUGUCUCAAACGCCUGUUUAAGAUACAUAUUCCACUGCCAAAUAUCUAUAUUUGCAACAAGGGUGCGCCAAACACAUUUCUUGACACACAAGUUCAGUGACAUAAAGCCAACCCUCCAUCGUGGCUGUCCUUCGUGCAUAUUUGGAGCAUUACUUCCACACAAAUGCACAUUUCCACCCAUAGAGAAGACGGCAGAAGGGGCGGGAAAAUGUGUGUCGAGGCCACCCUGCCCUCAUUUUACACUGCUCUCUCAUGGUGGUACAAUUGCCUUACUAUCACUUUCCAACACUCGCCCACACAAUGUCUGCAUUUAACUCUCUUUGUCAUCUCGCAAAUGCAUUUUGUCGCCCCGCAGCCCGCCCUGUCACUGGAAGCGUAGGAUGUUUACAUGACUGGAUCCAUGCAACCUGGCACAAAACUGUGAGUGACACAGAGCGGAAAACAUGACACCGCGCUCCACAGAAGCCAAACAUAACAGUUCUCACUGUGUUACAGUGCAGAUGUGCACCACUGCAAACUACAUUGAAUAAACAAUAUAGUCGGAUCAAUAUGAAUCCAAGUAGAGCAUUGAGUUUUGCAGAGUUGGACUUGGUGCAGGUGUACCUAAUGCAGUGUCCAGGCUUUUAAACAACCUGGUUUGUCUUCAGGUGUCAUGGACGAUGAGGACGAUCGUCAUCUUCUGGAUAUUUUAGGAGAUGUGGAUGCAUUGAAUGACUAUCUCCAUGGCAGCAACAGCAAGUCCAUCGAAGAGGAUGACGUAGCUAACGCGGCGUACGGCUCCGAUGCUUCUUUCUUCGCCGGGGACACUGCGAGCGCCAACGACAGACUCAAAGAUGGCCCCUCUUCAAUGGCGGACUUUGGCGCCGAUCCUGCCAGGGACGGCCUCCAGCUCUCCAGCAGCCUCUCAUUCAUCGAGGACCAACUGGGGGCCGGGAGCUCGCCGGGAGGCGGCGUGGAUCUCGGCGGCGAAGACCAGCCCUUCGACAUCCUGCAGAAGUCCCUCCUGGAGGCCGACAUCACGGAGCAAACGCUGGCACAGGAGGCCCUGCUCGACUCCCAGCCCGCCCCCACCCUCGUGCAGGCCCCCGUGUCCUUCCCGUCCCAGCUGGCCUCUGGGGGUUACGGAGGGGGCGGGGUCACCACGGCGACGGCGGCGGCGGCGUUGCCGACCGGACAGCUCAUGCGAGGCGUACCCCCGCUGUCUAACGGCUCCGCCCAGCACAUCCAGGUGUUGGGGUCGUUCGGCGCGGGAGGCGGAGUCAUGACUUUGAGUGGUUUGGAAAGAACUCCACAGAUUGUGCUGAGGCCGGCGGGGGCUGUAGCUCCGGCGGCGUCUACUCCAGGAGGACAGGUGUUUGCCCCCACCCAAGGGCAGCUAGGCCAAGUGGGUUUGCCUUUUAAGAACAUCCCCCUCCAAAACGUCAUCAUCCAGAGAGGUCCUGGAGGGACGCAGACUCUUGUGAGACCAAUUCAGCCUAAACCCCAUCAAGCUGGGGCUCAGACCGUCUACAGCCUACAGCCCGCAGCCUCCACCUUUGCUAACGCCGCAACUCCCGGAGCGCAGUACACCGCCAACGGCUCCAUCGUAGUGCAGCCGCCAUUGGACCAGCAGCACGCGCAAGCCAACUUGCAACCGGGACAAUUCUUGUUGCCCGCUUCUCUGGCGCUCGCUCAGCCCGGCGCCGUCCACAACGGCCCCGCCGACCCCGGUGCCAGCACACUGAUCACCGCUCAGAAGACAGUGCAGAUUGUGGCCGGUCAGAACUUCGCCGCACAAGCGGGCGGGCCGCUCAUUUUGAACCAGGGCGGAGGGGGCGUGACGCAAACAUGGACGAGCACCGCGCACACGGCGUGCUCUACCGGCCGGCUGGCGCUGGUCAACCCGGCGAGUCAUGGGCAGGUUUCCGCCUGCCCGGUGCAGCGCCUUCUAGUGACACAAACUCAGAACUGUACGUCAUUGUCCCCUUUACCUAACACGGUGACACACGAGCAGAAUUCUUCAUUGUCUGCCGUCAAACAAGUGCAGCUUAGCAGCGUUCAUGCGAUGCAAACACCUGAUUUAUGCAUCAAUACUCAGGUCAGUGCUCAGAAGAGGCCCGCCCCCAUGCCGCUUACCAAGGGAGGAAUGAUUCUACAGCAGCUAAGGGAAGACCACGACAGAGUCCACACCCCCGACCGGCAACACUUCACAUCCUUCAGCGACGUGCUUCAAAGGCUCCUCCCCUUCCACGUGUUCCAGGGAGCGCCGCCCACCCAGGAGGAGUUCUCGCAGGUGGAUGAUGAAUUUGAGUCGGUAGCGACGCAGGUGCUCAUGAGGACGCAGUCCAUGAUAAACAAAUACAGGCGGCUACUUCUGGCAGAGUCUGAGCAACACUGCAGUCCGUCGUCCGAGAUGGUGAUGAUUGACAGGACCUUCAACCAGGAGGAGCGCGGCAACCUGACCCAGGACAAGCGCAUGGUGCUGGUGGAUCCAGACAGUUUCUUGGACGACUUCUGCUGUGGGCUGAAAUCCAAACGUUUCCAAGAACCCGUCCCCUCGCCGCCACCCGUCUGCGAUAGGAAUCGGCCCGACAGAGACUUGGCGGAGCCGCCAUACAGGACAGACUCCCAGCCUGGGUUUGGAGACCCAGGAGGAGGCGCGCAGCCAACAGUUGAUAGACCUCAAACCUCGCCUUCGGAGAAUAAUAGCGUCUCAGAACUGAAGAGAGCCCAGCAGCGCUUUGACCCCGCCCCCACCUGCCACCCGCAAGGUAACCACUCAACUUUUGCAGCACCAGGGGGGCAGACAGUCGACCAGGUAGCCAAGCCGCUGGCCUCGCCCCGACUCUUGGACACGGACUCCGCUCUCGAGGCGGCGGUCAACAGCAUCUUGGAAUGUUAAGUCCAACCUGGAAGAUGAUGUCAUGUUGUGUGUGUGAAGUCUGCUCUUUAUGUAGCACUCAUUUUUGUUUUUUUAAAGGGUUCAUGAAGCAUGACGAAUACUCUAAGGCGCGAGUGAGAGACGGGCACUUACAAUGGCCGAUCAAGGUGCGGGAAUGUGUGCAAUUUAAAGGACCCACGGUCGGAAAUAUUCUUUUUUUUUUCUUUUGUGUUCCUUUUUUACGUGGCAACACAGUGACUGUGCCAGUUUGCUAGCAACUCUGUGCCUCCUAUUUAUCUGCAUUUUAUUUGACAUGACGUGUUUACAUGAAGAACGCCCGCCUAGGAACACGGUGGAACCUCCAAAAUGCCUGCAAACUUAACACUAACUCCAGCAAUAGCCAUGAAACACCACCAGGUGGCAGCAUCGCCUCUUAUUAUUUCUACCUGUCCGCCGAGUAUGAAAGCCUGUUUCAGCCACUAAAAAAAAAUACAAUAAGAAAUGUACCGGUGAAAAAAAGUUGUAAUUAUGAGAUAGAAAGGCAAAAUUAUGAGCUUAAAAGUCAUAUUUUUAAGACAACAUGUCAAAAU